AAACGGUUCCUCCUGUCGGACUCCCUUAUUCAUGGAUAAAGAGAAAUGGAGAUAACCCCAAGCAAUUCUGACUCUGGCGGAGGCCUCGAAGUUUACACCUUUCUGGAUUCAAUCAAAAUUGACAACCAACAACUUGAAAGACCAAGGCAACUUGCAGCGGGGUUUAAAUCCCAUGACUCGGCACCAUAUGUGCAGAUUCAAUUGCACCCAAUUCAGUAAGAGAAAAUAAACUCACGCAAGAGGAAUGCCAUGCCUUCAGAAUGUGAUCAUUUUGACCCUCUCUCCCCCUCCUUUUAGAAACUGCAUCAUCUUGGACUGGACAAACUCAUCUAUCUCUGCUAUCCAUCGAACACAUUACAGAUCUGGGAUUAAACUUUGUCGUCUCGUCUGGUGUGAAUGUCAGAAAUAGAAUAGGAGAGCAGGUCACCCGGUUAACAAUUUAGAUUUCAGACUUGAUAUCCAACGUUCCAAAAUAAGCUGACGUGCCCGAGCAUGGAAGAAUUUCGGUGAAAUCCGAAGAUCUACCAAGGAAGCCCAAAAGCGGUCCUACUCUAUUAAACUAAAGGGCCCAUCUCGACCGUUCACCUCUUCAUCUUCAUCAGAACGCCACCCAAUCUCUGCUCUUGUUCACCAAACGUGGCCGCCGUGGUCGUUGUUGAUGGAGAGACUUUGGAGGGAAGCAUAUUGAUUGCCACUUCACCUUGAAGCUUAGCCUCUGCUAACAUGCAUAUAUUCAAGCAGCUUCUGCCCGACAUAAGUCGAUUAAAUGGUGGCAAAAAGUAUUUUCAAGCAUCAUGUUUUGCCUUUAUACAUUCAAGCCCAAACUCCCCAGUAGAAGUCCAUUCUCAAGAUCAGGAAGUAGUGAUUGCUUUGGGAAGCAAUGUGGGUGACAGACUACAUAAUUUCAACGAAGCCUUGCAGUUAAUGAAAAAAUCAGGCGUGCAAAUAACAAGACAUGGCUGUUUGUAUGAGACAGCACCAGCCUACGUAACUGAUCAGCCUAACUUUUUAAACUCUGCAGUUAGAGCGGUUACAAAACUUGGGCCUCAUGAGCUAUUAGGAGCACUGAAGAAAAUUGAAAAGGACAUGGGUCGUACCCAAGGUAUAAGGUAUGGUCCCAGGCCUAUUGACUUGGAUAUAUUGUUUUACGGAAAGUUAAGAGUCAGAUCUGAGAUUCUUACAAUCCCUCAUGAAAGAAUUUGGGAAAGACCGUUUGUAAUAGCCCCAUUAAUGGAUUUGCUGGGAUCAGCUAUUGAUAGUGAUGUAGUUGCUUGUUGGCAUUCUUUCUCCAUGCAUUCUGGUGGGCUUUUUGAGUCUUGGGUGAAGUUGGGCGGUGAUUCCCUCAUUGGAAAAGAAGGUCUCAAGAGAGUUUUGCCCAUUAGAAAUGGCUUGUGGGACUGGUCAAUGAAAACCUCAGUCAUGGGAAUCCUUAAUCUGACUCCAGAUAGUUUUAGUGAUGGAGGAAAAUUUGAGUCUGUGGAGGCAGCGGUUUCUCAGGUUCGAUUGAUGAUUUCAGAAGGGGCAGAUAUGAUUGAUAUUGGUGCACAGUCAACGCGGCCAAUGGCUUCUAGAAUUUCAGUUGAACAAGAAUUGGAUAGACUAAUCCCAGUCCUAGAAGCAGUUGUUAGGAUGCCUGAAGUAGAGGGCAAGCUUAUAUCUGUGGAUACAUUUUAUUCAGAAGUUGCUUCUGAAGCAGUUAGUAAAGGGGCUCAUAUUGUAAAUGAUGUAUCUGCUGGUCAGUUGGACUCUAACAUGCUUAAUGUUGUUGCAGGCCUUAGGGUACCUUACAUUGCAAUGCACAUGAGGGGGGAUCCUUCUACAAUGCAGAACAGUGAAAACCUUCAAUAUGAUGAUGUUUGUAAGCAGGUUGCCUCCGAGCUAUUAUUGAGGGUGAGAGAUGCAGAAGUAUUAGGUAUCCCAGCUUGGAGGAUAAUCAUUGACCCUGGAAUUGGAUUUUCAAAGAAUACUGAACAGAAUCUGGAUAUCUUAAUGGGGUUACCAAAUAUUCAAGAGGAAAUUGGGAGGAAAAGUUUGGCAUUAUCUCAUGCACCCAUAAUGAUCGGAUCUUCGAGAAAGAAAUUCUUAGGUGAAAUAUGUAAUCGCAAGGCUGCGAUUGAGAGGGAUCCUGCUACUGUUGCUUCGGUCACUGCUGGAGUUUUGGGUGGAGCAAAUAUUGUAAGAGUGCACAAUGUGAGGGAUAAUCUAGAUGCUGUGAAGCUAUGUGAUGCUAUGCUGCGACGGAAGAGAUCUUUUCCUCAAUAAGCAUAAGUUUUUUUUAUCUCUUCAGUAAAGGGUGCUAUUGGUAUUUC